CCAAAAAUGGCCGACAGUGGACUGACUUGCUUAGAAACACUUUGACUCAAGAGUGGAACUGGCUGAGGAGGAGAUCUGGGAGAGCUGACCUAGGAUCAGGGAGAGGGCUGAUCUGGGAAUAUAUGCUGAAAGAGAGCUGAUCUGGGUUCGGAGGGAGAGGUUGAGGGUUCCGUUGGGCUGGACGGAUUCAGUUGGUUAAAGUUUAGCGUGCUGUUUUCUCCGCGAAAUGUAGAGAACGAAAGCAGGGACAAUAAUUAAUCUUUAUAAAGUUCAUAGUGUUAAUCUAAAACCGCGAAUUAUGCGUUAAAGGGCUGUCUACCAUGAAUCGCUAGUUUUUUGUUUUCAGACUGUAGCCAUGAUGACUCUCAACUAGCUAUCGGGCUAAUCGCUCCGAAAUAGACUCUGUUCUGCUUGUCAUUGCGAAUCCCGACUCGGAUUUCAGGAUGAAACCGAAAUUCAAUCUGUCCGGAAUCGAUUCGGAUUAACGAUGCUCUCCAGAAAGAAGAGUAAAAACGAAGCGUCCAAGCCAGCCGAAGUUCAGGGCAAAUAUGUGAAGAAAGAAACGUCCCCGUUGCUGAGAAAUUUGAUGCCCUCGUUUAUCCGGCAUCCAACGUUUCUACGCCGUGAGGUGGAGCCGGUUUUGGCUGGGGUGUCCAGUGCAGGUCCAUAUUCCUCUAAUUCUGUAGGGGAUGUCAGUGCCCCCAAAAGUUUCCUGCGUAAUGCACCUCCAAGGACGCCUCUCGAGGUCUGGCACAGGGAAAGUCACCGGCUGUCUGCUCCACCGCACCUUGAUCAUGAUUACUCCCCUUCCUCACCCUCCUUCAUCAACGAUGCUGGUUCGGUAACGGAGAAUGGAGACAGUGGCCCAUAUUACUACCCUCCAGAGCCGUACUACAAUAACCAACCCAGACAAGCACGCAGGCCAGACCACUUUAAUGAAAACUACAGGUACUAUGAGCACAAUGAACUCAACUACCAGCAAAACCCUCCUCACCCUCAGACGCCCCAGCCACACAGUCGCCCACCCCCAGCAAUCGGCCGUGUGCAAGCAAAGUCUGUUGGUAAUCUGACGACUAUGAGUGGGGAGGACAUGGCUCUGCCUCCUGGCUGGACUGUUGAUUGGACAAUCCCAGGCAGGAAGUAUUACAUAGAUCACAACACAAACACUACUCAUUGGAGCCACCCACUGGAGAGGGAGGGGCUCCCACCGGGCUGGGAGAGGGUGGAGUCAGCUGAGUUUGGAGUGUACUAUGUAGACCACAUCAACAAACGUGCACAGUACAGACACCCAUGUGCACCCAGUGUUCCAAGAUAUGACCAGCCCCCUCCCCCGCCAGUCACCUAUCAGCCCCGCCCUCCAGAACGAAAUCAGGCUGUGCUAGUACCAGCAAACCCAUUUCACACAGCCGAGAUCCCAGACUGGCUACAGGUGUAUGCCAGAGCCCCGCUGAAGUAUGACCACAUCCUGAAGUGGGAGCUCUUCCAGCUGAUGGACCUGGACACGUACCAGGGAAUGCUGAAGCUACUCUUCAUGAAGGAGCUGGAGGGUAUCGUGAAAUCCUAUGAAGCGUAUCGACAAGCGCUGCUCACUGAACUCGACUCUCGUAAACAACGGCAGCAGUGGUACGCCCAACAGCCAACCAAAAACUUUCCUCAGAACAUGUGAUUCAUCUGAGACAUGCCCAAACUCUAUUUGUUUGUGCCUUAGCUGCUGAUGCAGACACUCAAUUGCUCCCUCAAAUGGCAGCAGGGAGACAUAAAUGAGCCCAAAGACAGACACUUUUGGGAACUUUACAUUUACUCCUAUAUAGAUUUCAGCCAUUAUAAGGCUGUGUGUGUUGUGAAUGUGUGUGUCUUUGUGCAUAUGCUGGCCUGUUGGCAGCUGUGGGUUAUGUCAGGCCUAACUCCUUCUGCAUUGUCUGUAUAGACAAUCACAGCUAUCAGUUAUCAAUGUAUUCUGUUUAAUCAGAGUCCUAUUUGCAUUUAUAGUUCGUUUUUAGAGCAAAUCUGAUGGAUACAAGUCCAGAUCAUGUGACUCAGGCUUUGUGAUAUAUAGUUUGGGUGGAUUCCUUUUGUAAAGAAUUGCCUGCAUUAUUUAAAGAUUCAACUUUUAAGACUGAAUUGUCUCUUUUGAUGAAGAAGUGAUAGAGUCUGCAGCAUUUGGGUUUGUGUUAAAGUGGGUUUUGCCUGUAUUUUCCAGUUACAGUGAAUUUUGUCAAAUUUAUUUUGAGCAUCAACACUAAAUAAACCAGGACCUUGUAUUGUA